AACUCAAUAGCUUAUCUGAGCCUUCUCAUGAUACAAUGCAUUAGUAUAUAUUGACUAAUAAAAUGUAGGAUGGUACUAAUAUUACAAGUUUACAACUCAGUCCUUACCUGUUAAUUGAUGAAGAAAAAAAAAAGGAAAGUUACCUUAACCACUGUUAAUAUUUUUUAGGGUAAGGAAACCACGUGCACCUCACCUGAGUUUUUCUUCUCCGGCAAACAAAAUUUGCCCUUACCCGAUCGUGAUAUCGUUAUUUCCCCCCAAAAUCAUCAAACUCUAGUGUAAUCGAAGUAAGAAAAGGAUCUGCGAUAAGAAAUUUUGUUGAAGAAACCGUUGAAUUCCAGCAAUGGAGAUCUUAUAAACCUUUUGAGUUCCAUUGUGCAUUUAUGAAGAAGAUCGGUGAAUGACAAAGCAUUCAACUUUUAUAUCUGGGCAAACGAUAGCAGGGAUUGAAAAGAAACAUGUUUAUAGUAGCUGAGAUGUCUUCAAAUUGCGUAGCAGCUCAAGUAAUUCGGUAUAAUUCUUACUCAGAGUGACACCUUGGACCUUCUUAGAUAUCGUGAUGCUGGAAGAUAAAGGUUGGGAAGAUCCUCGUUCCGUUAAUAGCCCUAGGAGGAUCUUGAGUUUUUCCAAGAAUAGGAAGGCCACUGUGUUCUUUCCAGACCCAGACGACAGAGAUUCAGGUUUUGGUGUUUCUGGAGAUCAGGGACCCAAGACUUCUGAAGUUUACGGAUUUGUUGGCUCCAUUACUACUGUUGUUGCUACAGUUCUUUUUCUGGUGUGGGCAUAUCUUCCCGAACAUUGGUUGCACUCUUUGGGAAUUGUUUACUAUCCAAGCAGGUACUGGGCAUUAGCUGCGCCAGCUUAUGUGAUGAUGACUAUAGCACUAGCUGUAGGAUUUUACAUUGGUCUCAACUUCUUGGCUACCCCUCCUCCAACUUCUUUCAGCAUGAUAUAUGAUGAAUUCACGAGAGAACCUUUGCGCAAUGGGCCUUCAAUAGACAAUGAUGAGCAACCUAUAGAGCCUAUAUCUGAUAUUCGGAUUGAUCAAAUAAAUGAUCUUAUGUUCAAUCCAAGAUGAGAAACAAUUUUACUGUGCAGUUAUUUUGCUUGGGUAGAUUGUAUCAGUUUCAUUUCCUUCAUUUCUCAGUGUUAUCUCUUUGAUUCACCCAAUUCAGGUACUUCACAUUAAAUGUAAUUUAGAUGUGGCUUCUUUCACAAUCAUGCAUAAUGGUUCUGGUAUUCACAACAAGUAUAUUGUUUAAAGACGCCAUAUUUCUACAUCAUGAAGUAAUGUUUUCUUAA